AUGUCUACGACGACGACGACCACCACCACCACCACUACAACCACAACAAAAGCAACGGAGGACAUCCCCGUCCCCCGCGGCCCCGUCCAAGCCACAAUCUCCUUCGUCGUCCCCUGGGCCACAACUCCCCUCGACAAACUCUACAACUACGUCGAACAACCCCCCGCCGGCGAACCCAAGCACAACUUCGACGAAGUCCCCUUCCAAGUCAACCUAACCGACAUCCGCGGCACCGAAGACACCUACACCCUCGACACCAACGCCUUCGCCGUCCUCAAGGACGUACACACAGACACCAACUACCAGACGUACUUUGAUGAUAAGGAGGUGGAAAGGGUGUACUACCCCGAAGUCGAGAAAUUGUUACUAGAGAAUGUACCAGGGGCGCAUAAGAUUGUGAUUUUCGACCAUACGAUUCGGAGACAGGGGCCCGGGGCGGCCCGUCAGCCUGUGAAUCGCGCGCAUGUUGAUCAGACGGCUGCUGCUGCUGCGGAGCGUGUGCGCAUUCAUGUCGAUGAUAAAGAUGAGGCGGAGGAGUUGUUGAAAGGAAGGUUCCGGAUUAUCAACGUCUGGCGCCCGAUCAACGGGACUGUUGUCUCUGCACCACUAGCACUUGCUGAUGUCAAGAGCAUUGUGCCCGAGCGGGACCUUGUGAAUAUCCAGCAUCGGUAUCCGCAUCGGAAUGGGGAGAUUAUGGGUGUUCGGCACUCGGGGGAGCAGCGGUGGUUGUAUGUUUCUGGUGUUGAGGGGGGUGAGAGGUUGUUGUUGAAGUGUGCGGAUUCUGCGGAGGGCACGGUUCUUGAGGAUGGUGGGGUGGUGGCUGGGAGAGCGCCGCAUAGUGCGUUUACGGAUCCGAGGAGUGUGGAGGGGGAGGGAGGAAAGCCGAGGGAGAGUAUUGAGGUGAGGGCGUUGGUUUUUGGUUAG